CGUUUGGGCAGAAACUUGUUUUUGAUCAAAAGCUCCCGAAGUAUUGAAUAAUUCUUGCUGUCGCCAAUCUUCUUUUUAUUUUUCUUGUCGACAUUCUUCCCUUAAUCAAAUUUACUUCAUCCUUGACGAGUAGUCAUGAUUUUUCUGCCCUGUGGGUCCAUUGCUCCCACCACGUUGACACGUCGUGUAAGUGGGGGACACACGUCCUCCACUUUUUCUGGCGCACGUACGGUAACGCCUAUCUCAGUAAAAAUACCUUUUUACCCUUGUUUCUAGAAGAUCUAUUCUCACCACACGAUUUCUCCAUCCAACGGCACGCUGCUUCACCCGAUUCUUAUAUAAACCUUUCUUCAACCUCCGUUCAUCCCCUCGCUUGCGCCGCUCAUCUGUUCCCCUUCGCAAAACUUCUCCUGCGCCCGAAUCUCUCCAAGCUUCCGCACUCACAGACCUUACUCUGCCCAUUGCCGUUGAUGCCACCGCGCACGCGACUCACUCGCCACAGCACUCCGGAAUCCAAGAUGGCUGCCGAGGAUCUUGAGUGGGAGAGAUCCAAAAUCUCCAACCAGGACACCAACAUGCUGAAGAGGCUUGGCCUCAUGAAGAAGGAGGACGCCAUCCGCUUCCCCAGCGAAGAAAGCUACCCCAAGCCUCCAAUGGAGUAUCGGGUUAGUUUUGUUGAUCACUUAAUCCGCGGCCUUUCGACCCCAAUCCACGAUUUCCUCCGCGGCCUUCUUUUCGUUUAUGGGAUUCAACUGCAUCAGUUGACCCCUAAUUCCAUCCUUCACAUUUCUAUUUUCAUCACGCUUUGCGAAUGUUUCCUCGGAAUCCCUCCCAAUUGGGCUCUGUGGAAACGCAUUUUCUGCCUCCGCCGCAAUGGCUCCCACAACGUCACUUAUAACAUAGGUGGCGUUGUUAUCUGUGUUCGUACUGAUGUCGAUUAUUUCGACGUCAAAUUUCCUGAUUCUGUCCAAGGAUGGCGCAAAAAGUGGCUCUACAUUCACGAAGAAAGCGCCAACUCCGUUGAACACAACAUAGUUCCUUUCGACGGAAGUGCCAGAAUCCAGCGCCGCCGCUCCUGGGAUGCCGAAGUUUCUGAAGAAGAGAAAAAGGCGACAGAGGCACUCAUGUCUCGUAUCCAUCAGCUACAAAACACUCGAGGCAAAGAGCUGUCUGGUGUUCAAAUCACUGCCUACUUCCUUAGGAUUAGGGUGCAGCCUCUUCAGGCUCGCAAAAAUCCCCUCUGGACGUAUUCUGGUGAAAACGACGCCAAUAGAAUCUCCGACGAUCUUUCUGCAAAGGACUUGGAGAAGUUGAUCCGAAGAGUUUCCCGCUUGGCCAAAAAGGAUCCUAUUCCUUCCGCUUGUCGCGUGGAACCAUACAGCUCCGCCAAUCCUCUCCCCGAGAACCAUCCUACUAUGACUUCCCUUCCUCCUCUUCCUGAGGAUGGAGAAGUCGAAGAACGGGGCAUCGUUGCCGAAGAUACCCCAGGUUCUUCUAUUCCUGAAAGUGAAGUCGCGGGUUCCCACAAAUCUGCGGCUUCCCAUGAAAAGGAAAUUGAAUCUGAGGCCAGUGAAUCGACGCAAUCCCUUCCUCCUGCAGUUUCCCCAAAGAACAAAAGGAAAAGGCAUGAUGCCGAGGAUUCUGGCACUUCUAAGGCUGAAGAAGCUGGUCCUUCUAAUCCGAAGGCAGCUUACGAUCCUUAUGUUGAAUCCCUCAUCAGCUCGUAAGUCACCUAUCUCGCUAUAUUUUUGUACUCGAAAUA